GGGUGUGCAGAGCUGUGCCCGAGCACCGGGGCCAUGCAGUGAGCGCCCGCCGGGAGCAGCCAUCGGGACUGCAUCCGUGGGACAUUUCGGCGUCAACCGUGGGACAGCCAUCUCGCCACCUGCCAGCUCCCUGCGAGACACCGUUGUGCCCCAGCUCAAGAUGCAGAGGUGUGUGGGUUUCCUGUUUCUGUCUUUAAUCCUUUGUGCCGCCCUGUCAGAAACAUUCGGACUGGUUUUGUCUGCAAAAGAAAAAAGGGGCUGGACUUUGAACAGUGCUGGUUACCUACUUGGGCCACGUCGUAUUGAUCACCUUUUAAUGAUAAAGGAAAUGCCCAUUGCAAGGGGGAGAGAAGAGGCACCAGGGGCAUAUGCAGUAGAUAACCACAGAUCUUUUAAUGACAAACAUGGUUUCACUGGUAAACGUGAAAUACAGCCUGAUGAGGAUAUAAAAGCAGGAAAUCUUGGAAGACCACUGGCUGAUGAAAACAUUGUGCGCACAGUAAUCGAAUUUCUGACUUACUUGCAUCUUAAAGAGGCGGGAGCACUUGAGAAUUUACCUUCACCAGAGGAAACAAACCUUUCUUGAACAAGAAAACAUUUCUAUUUUGUUGUAGUGCAAAUUUGAUUCAACUCUAAACAAAAGAUCCAGAAGAGCAGAAGAUGUAUUGUUUUCAUUAAUAUGAAAAAUGGUAAAUGAUGUUUUGCCUCUUUGGUUCUGUUUCUCUCUCCUGUAACGUUAUGGUGUAAAAUUUUGGCUUGGUAAAAUUUUUCUGUAGGUAAAUGAUAAAAUAAAAAUAAACAGCAACUA